GUGGGAGGAGCUUAGUGUGUGUUGGAACGGGACAUUUAUCUCGAGUGUAUCCCGACAGAGGAUUAUCGCGUGCGACACAGUGACAGAGGAAGAGGUUCUACGUUUGCUUUCUAAAGUGAAGACAAAUAAGUCACAGAGGCCUGAUGGGAUACACCCAAAAUUAUUAAAAGAGCUUAGUGACAUGACUGGCAGAGACGUCCGAUCAUUUGUAACAACGAACAGGAGCAGAGACAGUGGAGAUUUAGUGGUUCGCAUGAAGAAUGGAUUUGGCAGUUCUAAAUACAAACCUGUUGACUACCAACAACUGCACGCACUGACUGAAGCCAAGAAAUUAGCGUCCACAAGCAUACAAUUAAAGGUCAAGAAAAUUCAGCAUGCGUCUAAAAUAACAAAAGAACAAAUGCUAUUGAAGCAGCACUUACAGGUGUGGUGGAAAGAGAACAAGCGACUGAGCGAAAGUAGAGAUAAAGUAGAGUUACAAUUACAAGACUUUCUAGAAGAUAAAAGAAAAACGUCCGAGUUCUUUGCUGAGAUGGCAGAUUUUGAACAGCAAUUAUCGGAGGAGCGAGAUGAGUAUAAAGCAUGCACAAUACAUCCCAUCUGGCAGCUGAGGGACGAUUUAAAACACAGGAUUUGUCAACUACAACAUCACUCUUUCCACAAGUCCCAAAUGGAAAAUGACUUUGAUCCAAUGAAUAUAAUGAAGCAGGUUGAAUCUGUUAAGAGUCAACAAACAGCAUUAAUUGAGAAACUCCUUCUGGAGCGGCGUGCCUUAGAGAGUGAACUUUUGGCCUGUGACAUUCAGGAAUGUGUUGAUUUAGAAGAAAUAACAUGUCAGUUCGGUGAAGUGCCUGCAGUUCUCCUGGAGCUAUAUUGUCCAUAUCCUGAGCUAAAAACAUCAAUUUUAGCUGAAUACCAGAAGUUUGUUGGCUUAUACCAGUCCAAGAUGGAGGAACUUGAGCGUGAAUGCAAAGAUAUAGACAGGGACUGUAAAUGGAGUAAAGAAGAUCACUGGGUUUUUCAAACAAUUGUUAGCCAGUACCCAAGUGACCUUCCCAAUAGAAGAACUUUGUACUUGAAUAUGUUAUCUAGACAUCUUCCCCGAAAACCUAGGCAGGAGCUGGUCAGCCAUGAAAAGAUGUGGGACUUACAUCGCUUCAAUAGAGAUCAAAGAAGAGCGCUGAUGGAGAGCUGGACUCGCUAUAAAAAAGAUUUUCUCAUCAAGGCUGCAAUGACCAUUGCUGAAGCCGGGUCUAUAUAUGAAAUGGAGCUCUUUGUAACAAAUGACAGAAAACGACAGCAAGAGAUCUGUAGUGAACUUAAAGAGAAGGUCAUUCAAUGGAGAAUACACCAAGAAGAAGCCGCUAGAUUAGAAUCAGCUAUCGCUGCCAGGAGACAACAGGAGGAGGAACAGCAAGAAAAACAAAGGAGAGAGAAAGAAAAGCUCCAGCGCACACACGAAAAAGAGAAAAUACAAAAGUACAGAACCGAGAAACAGCAAGCGUGGGAAGAGCAACUGAGACGGGAUCUGCAGCGCCUAGAGCAGCUCAAGAAAAUAAUGGCCCAGCAAGCUGAGAAAGACAGAGGACGGGUUGUUUAUCGUCAGGAGUUGCUGGAAAAACGUCUGUCAGAAAGAAAGGAGAUGGCUAUUCAAGAAGAGCAAGAAGAGAUGGAGAGACAGAGACGGCUUGACGCUCUACGUCAACAGGUGGCUGUUAUAGCUGAAUUUGAUCCUGUCCGAAUGAUGAGUGACACAAAAGCAUGGAAAGCUAGACUGGGUAUUGGAGCAGAAGAAGAAAUCGUUCUUCAAAAACCGCUUUUUGAUCUGCACACAUAUAACGAACAACAGAUUAUCUGUGACCCACGAGUUCGCUUUGAGAUGGCUCUUCGAGAGGCCGGACUGCUUAACACCAGCUAUGCUAAGGAAAUCUUACCCAAAAUCCUCCCUCCGAAACCGACAAGAAAAGACAUGGAAUCUACAGUGUUUAAAAAAUAGUAAAGUCCUCUGUGUGUUGUAUUUCAUCCAAUAGACUAUUGUGUCAUUGGGAGGGUCAUUAUACUGCUGCUGACAUGGAGGGACCUCUCCAUUAUACACACAGACCCGCCAGCACACAUCCCAUAGAUCACAAUGUGGUGGUACAGUAAGCGUCUCUUUAUGCAGUGUGAGGAUGGAAAUUGAGACAUUAGAUGUGAGAGAUGGACUAGAGGUGACAGCUACAUUGCUCCGGUGGAAUUUAGCGGCCCUUGUUUACUCGGUGUUUAUUGCUAUACACAGCAUAAUAUCAAUUGGAGAAUGUUUGCUGACUUCUGGUGGCAGCCAGGGGAGAAUAUAUUUUAAUACAUGUAUUGUGCGAAUGUCGGUAUAAACAGCCUCAUCCACGAUCUGCCAUUACUGGUUAUCAGGAAAUGUCCGUGACAGAAGACUUCUCAUCAAGGCCGGAGUGACAGGCAUAAUAUCAGAGCGGUUACAUCUGUAUGUAAACAUAAUAAAUAUUUAAAG